GCUCGGAGCAUAUAAACUCAGCAGAAGCCGGCUGGUGAUCACACAGAAGGAGUUGAGCUGAGAACAUCAGACAUAACGCCGACAGACGACAAGAUGUUUGCACAUAGACAGACAUACCUGGGGAAGGCCUUCCUGCUGCUUCUCCUGAUCACAGCAGGACGAUCCGCAAUGCUGAGUAACAACCUCCCAACCACAGCAACUCCCACUGUGUCGAUCUCAUCUCUGACCACACAGCUCAACAACAGCAGUAUGGAGGAACCUCGGGUCGAGCGCUCACACAGAUCCUGCAGAAGUGAACAUGCAAAGUACUGUGAAAAUGGUGGAGAGUGCAUGUACCCUCAAGACAGCGACGAACCCUCUUGCAUCUGCACGUCCUCGUACAGCGGGCAACGUUGCCUGUUCUACAGUGAUCACGCUCGCACUCUGCCUGAGCUGGAGCAACUGAUCGGCAUCAUUUUUGGGGUGGCCAUGUUCAUCAUCGUCCUGGGCAUCUUAAGUUACUGCUUUGUCUAUAAGAGGUGUAAAAAAUCAGCACCGCUAAUAAAAUCUGCAGCGUCCGAGACGUCAGUGUGACCUCCUGCAACUCAUCUGUUUAUCAUCAUCUUCACCGCUGUCAUCACCAUUAUCACUGUUCAUUAAACACAAACCAUAACAUUUCAUCACACUGAAUAAUCCACAGCAUUGGAAAUGAUCUACAAAGCACUUAUGAGACUGUAUUGGAUAUUUGAUGUGUGUAAAGAAGACCACUAUUUAACAUCAUUCAAACAAUUGAGGAAAAACUAAACUGUGUCUAUUCAUGUCAAACAGGUUCAGAUAUGAUUCACUAAAUUAUCCGUGAAAGAAUGAGAGAGAACAGAUGACUAUUUAUUGUAAUGUAGCAAUUAACUUAUUUCAAGUGUUCAACUUUUUUAUUUAAAAUUUUGUAAUAAAUUCAGAAAAUUAA